GCGCCUCCCAGAGCCGGCAGGAGGAAGGGGAAGAGGAGGAAGAGGAAGAGGAGGCGGUGGAUGGCGGCGGGGGCGAGCGGCGGCGGCGGCCUGCUGCCCUUCCUGCGGCUGCUGGGGCAGCUGAAGAGAGUACCGCGGACGGGAUGGGUGUACAGGAACGUGGCGAAGCCGGAGAGCGUAUCCGAUCAUAUGUACAGGAUGGCGAUGAUGGCUUUGGUGACCGAAGACAAAAGCCUUAACAAGGACAGAUGCAUGCGAUUAGCUUUGGUUCAUGAUAUGGCUGAAUGCAUUGUUGGAGAUAUUGCUCCUGCAGAUAAUAUCUCAAAAGAGGAGAAACACAGGAGAGAAGAGGCAGCUAUGCAACAACUGACCCAGCUUCUGUCAGAGGACCUCAGAAAAGAAAUCUAUGAACUCUGGGAAGAAUAUGAAAACCAGUGUACUGCAGAAGCCAAGUUUGUAAAACAGUUGGAUCAGUGCGAGAUGAUACUGCAAGCAUUUGAGUACGAAGAGUUGGAAAACACACCUGGCAGACUGCAGGAUUUUUACGAUUCAACUGCUGGAAAGUUUGUUCACCCAGAAAUACUCCAGCUUGUGUCUUCGAUUAACACAGAAAGGAAUAAAAAAUUAGCUGCUACAUCUCAUCCACACUCCUGAGGUGUUCCUAAACACUGUAGCUAUAAUAAAUACUUUGGUUUA